AAACCACCUAUUUUAAAAUACAUCGGAGUCGGAAUACCAGCGAGAUCAGUCAUGGCAGAAGAAACUACAAACAGUCUUCUAAAUUUUGAUAUUGAGUUUGAUGAUGAUGAAUUUAAAUCUGACCUGCCAACUGUAGAUAAUCCAACCCUUGAAAGCAUUUUGAAUGAGAGUGAAGACUAUGAAUCUCCUGCCGAGGAUGACACAUCCUCUGUUAUCUCUGCUGUCCAGCCAUUUAAGGAUUCAGGGGACACAACCUCCCUCUCUAGCUCCGACAGUAAUCGGACAGACAGAAGUUCCAGGUCCAGACAAAAGAAGAAAAUUGAUAUUCAAAAGACAAUACAUGGCUCAGUGUUAAAACCAAAUCGUCUGAAAAACAUAGCGGCCCAGCUUCUCAGUGCUGCAGAUAGAGUUGAUGCAGGGAUGCCAACAGCAAUGGCCGUUUCUUCCUUGAUAGCCAUUGGAACAUCCCAUGGACUGGUUCUUGUUUUUGACCCAAAACAAGUGUUGAAGUGGUGCUUAGGGAGCACAGCGGUGGGUCAGCAGUAUGGGUCUGUGUCCGCGCUCAGCUUCAACAAAGACUGCACCCGACUCCUCUCGGGUUUUGCCAAAGGACAGAUUACAAUGUGGGACUUGACCAAUGGUAAACUUUUGAGGACAAUCACAGAUGCCCACCCCCCGGGCUCAGCUGUCCUCCAUGUUAAGUUCACAGACAGUCCUGUGUUAGCUGUGUGUAGUGACAGUGGAGGGUCGGUGUUUGAACUUGAAAUGAAGAGAUUGAUUGGAGUGCGAACCUGUGAAUCAAAAUGUCUGUUCUCUGGAAGCCGGGGAGAAGUUUGUGUGGUAGAGCCCUUACACAUGAAUCUGACUAUCAAAGAUCACCCAAUGCAGGAUGUAAUGGUGGUUGCCAUGGCAACACUGUCAAAAGUGUUGGUAGUAACAUUAAGACCUCAACUUAAGGUUGUUUUCACUCAUCCACUAAAGGGCAGUCCCACCUGCCUGCCCCUGCUGGCGUGGCAUUUUGUGGUCAUACAGGUGUCGGAGAGGGACCGGGUCAUUGACCCCGUGCUGGUGUUUGCCCGGGAGUCCACCAUCUACUUCUUCCAGGUGAUAUGUAACAAUGCCCAGGAUAUAAAGUGUUCCGGUCUCCAGAAAAUAACAGUCCCCUACAAAAUGUUGAGCGUAGCUUGGAUGAAUCCCAGAGUCCUUGUUACCAUGGAUACCAAUGAAAAACUGCAUGUCAUAGAUGUCAGAUCUGAAGAAGAACUUGAGGUUUUGGAUGUUUCCUCUGUACAGCUGGUGUACAACAACAGUCAUUUCAAGUCUCUGGCUACAGGGGGAAAUGUCAGCCAGGCACUGGCGAUGGCGGGAGAGGAAGCAUGCUACCAGACAGUAGUCAGUCAAAAUGGACAGCUCUUCUUGCUGGGGACCAAAGGAGUGUAUGUCUACACACUGCGCAACUGGAGAGAGCGUAUCGAUGUACUCGUGAAACAGAACAAGUACAAUGAGGCCUUGGCACUAGCUCUGUCCUUCUACGAUGGCCGAGCCAAGGCGGUGAUAGGACUGACUGCCUCCUCCAAAAACAAGAAAGAGGUCGUCUCCAGCUUGAUGUUGGACCUCCUGUUUGAGUAUGUAGAUUUGUCCAUGACAACACUGUGUCCAGAGAAAGGGAAGAUGGAGGAGCUAGAGGCUUACUAUCAGAACAUUGUUCCAGUAUGUGUCGACUACUGUCUACAUCUGAGUAGAACAGACAUCCUGUUUGGGAGGAUCUACGACCGGUUCGCAGUGGACUACAUUGCCCGGGGGACAUUCCUGGAGUGCUUGGAGCCCUACAUCCUCUGUGACAAGCUCCGCUCGAUUCCUCCCAGUGUCAUGAAGGACCUUGUGGAGCACUACCAGGCCAAGAACAUGCUGGAGGGGGUCGAGUCUUGUAUAGUCCACCUGGAGAUCACCAGUCUAGAUAUACACCAGGUAGUAAACUUAUGCUGGUCCCAUGGGCUGUAUGAUGCCAUCAUCUAUGUCUACAACAAAGGCAUGCAUGACUAUACCACUCCGCUAGAGGAACUGCUGGGAAUUUUACAACAGGCCGUCCGGACAGGGAUACAGCUGACGGAUGAACAGAUCCGACUGGGAAAUAAACUCCUAGUUUAUAUUAGCUGCUGUUUGGCAGGAAGAGCCUAUCCUCUUGGUGACAUUCCAGAAGACAUGGAAGCAGACGUCAAGAAAAAUGUCUUCCAAUGCAUUACACGCAUGAAGAUUAAAGCUGAUGAUUCCACUUAUCCAUAUCUUCGAACACUACUACAGUUUGACACCAGAGAAUUCCUAAAUGUGCUAGCCUUAGCAUUUGAGGAGAAAGAAUUCAACACAGAAGAAGGAAUCAGAAACCGUCAAAGAGUAGUGGACAUUCUUCUGCAAGUGAUGGUGGAAAGCGGGGAAUUCACUCCCACUCAGAUAGGAGUUCUGUUUACGUUCCUGGCUCGGCAGAUGGCGAGUCAUGAAAACACCAUUCUGGUCAACAGAGUCUUGUUCGAGCAGGUGUUGGAGUUUUUAGCUAACCCUGAGGAUGAUUCUCGCCAUGAAGAGAGACAGCAGGCCCUGAUGGAGCUUCUACAAGCCGGGGGCCUACAACAGGUCAACGAGGAAAAGUUACUGUCCAUGGCAGAGAAUGCUAAAUUCUUCCGUGUCUGUGAGCUGCUCUAUGAGAAGAGGAGACAGUUUGACAAAAUUCUGUCCUGUUACCUCAGAGAUCCUUCAAGGAAGUACCAUGCAUUUAGUUACAUUACCAGCAUACUGAACAGUGAGAGAUUUUCUGUGGAAGAACAGGAAAGGUUGAAAGAGGAGGCCUUUAAUCAGCUAGAGGAGCUGGUAUCCAUUGACUGUAAACAGGCCGCUCAGAUGGUCAUCUCUACCAUGCCCAAAAAUCUGGGGGUCAUCGCCAACAAGAUGAAAAGUAACCCCAAGGUCUUGUUUGAGUUCCUGAAGGGUGUGAUGUCAUGCAGGGAUUCUGGGGGUAGUGCGAUACACACAGACAAACAGGUGAACAUUGAUCCCUGGAUCAUUGAGCUGUACGUGGACCUCAUGUGUCAGUUCAGACCACAGGAAGUCUACAACUACAUCAAACUGAACGAGGGAUACCGGCUGGAGCAAACUCUGGAAAUCUGUAGGCGACACAAGAAUUCUGAGGCCACAGCGUACCUACUAGAAAAAGCAGGAGACAUCCAGGGGGCAUUUGGAAUCAUUCUGACGAACCUCCAAAACAAACUGAAAGCAUUGACAAAUGAACUACUGUCUCCUGAGUCAGAGAAAGAUGUGACAGUACAGUUUCUGGAGGUCCAGGCUCUCAUCCUGGUUGUGAUCCAGUUGUGUCAGAGGAAUUCUGGGAAAAUGGAUGAGGCCGGUAGAGAGUCCCUUUGGUUCCCUCUCCUGGAGACUGUUAUGUCACCACAGAGAAAGCUGAAGGACCUGAACAACAAACAAAUUCAAGAAGAUUUUAAGAAAGCUACACACCAUGUUCUGAACAGCAUGAUGGGAUACAUCGCUUUACCCACAAUUCUACACAAAAUUAUGCAGGAUCCAGCAUAUAGUACAGGGAAGUUUGGAGAAGUAAGGGAGUUAAUACUGGGCAUGUUGGAGACCUACAAUUAUGAACAGACUUUAAUGGAGACCUGUAAAAACUUGAUGAAUCACGAUAUCCAUGUCCACCUGAAGAAUCUGACGACCGCGGCCAAGAAAGGCUACGUCCCGGCGGGAGACAACUGCUCGCUGUGUACCAAGCAGUUUGUGAACCAGAAUGAGACCGAUACAGUCAUUAUAUUCAGAUGUGGACACAGUUAUCAUAAAGGAUGCCUACAGUCCAUCGGUUCGGUCCAUGUAAUUGAUGGCGAGGACUCUUGGGUCUGCUUUCUCUGUAGUCAUCGGAAACGCGGCCAGUACCAGAGCACCAGAUUCCACCGUAGUCACAGUAACCGCGGGCAACCCAAAGGCAAAGAUAUUACUGUUGAUCCACAACACAGUCAAGCCUUGGAUUUUGUGAAAAGCUUUUUAAAGACUCCUUCAAGGAUGUCUCUCCUGAGUGAACUGUCCAGUUCAUCGGCCCCCAAGUCACACCGAGGAUCCUCCAGCAUCUUCAACCAAGAAAACUUCCAGCUCAAACUGGCGCCCCCUCCAGCAAUGGAGUCAGCACCAUGAGCACUGACCAUUUGAAUUAACAUUGAUAAAAUUGUGAUACUACUAGUAUGUUUGUAUACAAAUACAUUAAUUCGUGCAAUAGACAGUUAUAUAUUAUACACAUGUAUAUCAUGUUGUAUUAAUUUGUGAUUAUGUAUUUCAUUUCAUCUGUUUGUUUGAAUUGUUAUGAUGUCUAAAUAUGAAUGUUUUAUAAAGCUGAAUACCGUAAUAUAUUUCUUGCUGUUUUGAUUAUUUUCACAUGUACAGGGCACUUGAAAGUUCACGGAAUCAGACAAAAGCCCUGAAUGUAUGUGUUUACUGAAUGUGUUUACAGAUGCUGUGGUUUCAUCGAUGUUUGUUUAAUGCCCAUUUUCAUGGAUUUCCUUGUUCAAUUGAUCCAUGAAGUGCAAUUUCUAAUAACAUUUUGUAUUGAUAGGUUUAAUGACAACAAAACAUAUCCUUGAAACUGAU